UAUCCCUGUUUGAAUGACAAUAAACAAAUAUGGCGGCAACAUUUACAGCAUGAUAAACAGUGGGAAAUGUUUAACAUGAUAUGCUAUAAUUUAAUUAUGUGGCAUGAGUUCGUCCGCUGUUCUGGUAUCCUUGUGCGUUAUUCGCAUCGAGAUCUGUGAUUUAGAAUUAGAAGAAUCUACCAGUACAAUGGCUAUGAAGAUGAGAGGUUGCAGGGAACCGAGAGAUAUCAAUGUGGAGACUUAUACAAAUUCAGCGGAAAGUACAACCCCAUUGUUAUCAAGUCAAAACAAAUCACACUCAUCCUCGAGAGCUAAUUCUGAAGAAACUUCAUUCGCAAACCAUGUCGCAAGUUCUGGAGAUAUUACAGGUGCUGCUGCUUGUACAUCACCGGAUCAAAUUAAUUUUUUCUCGGGAAAUCCGUUUGUUGAGGUCACAAAAGGCAUUAUUCACCUCUUCAAGGAGGAUGAACUGACUGAAAUGCAUUGUGCUGCGGAUCGCAGCCAUACUAUCUGUAUGUUGUCAGUACCGGCAACAAUGACCUGCCAUGAUCUCUUAACUUUCACAGCAGCUUGUCAUCAGGAUAUACAACACUUUAGGAUACUUAGAGAUGGUAAUCCUAAUCAAUACAUGGCUUUGAUCACCUUCAGGUCAUCGAGCGCAGCCAGUGAAUUUUAUGAGACCUUCAACGGUGCUCCCUACAAUUCUUUGGAACCUGAUGUAGUUUGUCAUAUGGUGUUUGUGUCUAAAGUCGAAGUAGGAGACAAUGGGAUGCCUUUGAGUGGACAUACAGAAUUGCCAUCAUGUCCUGUUUGUCUGGAAAGGAUGGACGAAAGCGUGGAUGGAAUCCUGACGAUAUUGUGCAACCAUACCUUCCAUUCCAGUUGCCUCGUGAAGUGGGGUGAUACUUCUUGUCCCAUUUGUCGAUAUGCUCAGACACCAGAACCACUGGCCGAUAGCCGUUGCAUGGAAUGUGUUGCAGAUGCCAGUAACGACGCCUUGUGGAUCUGCUUGAUUUGCGGUCACGUGGGCUGCUCGCGUUAUCAUCAGGGUCAUGCGUUUGAACAUUAUCGGGAUACACAUCACUGUUACGCGAUGCAACUGGGGAACAAUCGUGUCUGGGAUUAUGUCGGUGACAAUUUUGUGCAUCGGCUACUGCAAGACAAAGAUGGCAAAAUGGUGGAAGGCGGUCGUACCGAGGCCAAGAGCGAAGGUGCCGCUGUGGAGGAGAAGGUCGACUCGGUGCAACUGGAGUUUACGUAUUUAUUAACGUCGCAAUUGGAAACGCAACGUCAAUAUUUCGAAGAAAAGCUCAGUCGUUCGGAACAACGCUCUAAGACGGAGAUGACCGAGUUGAGGGACAAAUUGGGAGAGGUGCUCGAGGAGAAUUCGCAGUUUAAGAAGCAGUUUUCCGUGCUCAGUCGCGACAAGCAAGCAUUGGAAAAACGUCUGCAACAGUCCAUCAAUAAGCUAACACGAAUACAAGCGGAAUUAACGGAGGAGAAAGAACUGAGGAAGGCUCUGCAAUUGAACCAGACUUCAUGGCAAACGAAAUGCAAAGCAUUGCAUGAUGAGGUGUCCGAUUUAAAGACUGCGAAAGAAAAGGAAAUCGUAGACCUAAAGGAACAAAUCCGAGAUCUCAUGUUUUUCCUCGAUGCACAAAAUCAGAUCGAGAAGUCUGCCGAUCGAGACGAAAUUGCUGCCGGUCGUAUUGUCGUUCCUCCUAGCAGCGGGAAAUCAUCAGGAUCUCGAGGGCAUAAAGGCCACAAAAGACAUUGAUACCACCGAAAGUUAUUAAAUUUGAAAUUUUUUAAUUGUCUAAAUCUUUGCUUGACAAACGAAAACAACUCACUUUCAAAGAUUUUUGUCGAUUUGCGAAUAAAAACGCAAACACGAUGUUUUGUGGAAACAAUUGUAUCGAAAAACAAAACACCAGAUGAUAAUUAUAUUGGAAUUAUUCUUCUCAGUGACAGUUUUAACAUGAAGAGGAUGUGCUAGCUGUGUACAGAGAUCUUAGCAAAUUGUUGUUUACAUUUUAUCUGAUUUAUGCACUGAUACCGAUGUAAGUUUAAGAUUAAAAAAAUAAAGUAUUACAAAUA